AGAAGAUGGCAGCCGAGGCGUGAUUCGAGACCGGGACCUUCACUCUCUCUGGGCGCGCGCGCGAGUAGGGGGUAUUCCUUCGACGUCGGCUGAACCUGAUCGCGGAAGUAGUGCGCUAGCGUGGUGCAUUAUCGCGUGUCGUCCAGUGUACCAGGAGAAUCGCGAUGUUCUAGGAGAAAAAGCUCGUUCGUUCGUCGUAAACGUCGUCGGUGCCGGUAGUAUCGCUGAUUAUGCGCGACAUGAGCACCACCGCCAUCGUAGUGUUUUACGAGCGUCAUGUAAAAUGGAAUUAAACAAUGUUGUUAAGACGUAAACAUGUUUUGGCUACACUGUGGACUCUUUGUUCUCGUGAUUGCCGUACCUGGAUUUAUUAGCAGCGCCGACAGCACGUCCAAGCGAGAAGGCGAUUACACUUUAGAUGAUUCCUUUUGGAACGAAGAAACUUCUGUUGGUGAGGCCGAACGACUACUACAAGAGUAUCGACAAAACCAAGAGCUAGUACAAAAUAUCGGGGGCCAUUACUAUCAGAUCAUCUAUCCGGUACAGUUACGGCAUCACGAGAAAAUGGGGAUAUCCACGAGAGAAGUCAGCGUAUCCAAGUAUCCUCAAAGAGGAUACGGGGAGGGUGGAUAUCAGAAUGCUAAAGGCAGAAUGAGAACGGGGAGACACUUUCAUCGGACGUCCCUCUUGAUCAAGGCCUUUAAUCAUAAAUUUCGCCUAGAUUUAGAAUUAAAUACGCAACUUUUAGCUCCGAAUCUUAUGCAAAAAGACUUUUUACCCAACGACGCGGAACAAAUUUUUAAACAGGAGAUAGAGCACUGCUACUAUCACGGUACCGUGAGGGAUUAUCCAGGAGCUAGCGCUGCUUUUCACACGUGUAACGGUGUCAGCGGUGUUAUUCACUUAGGCAACGAGACAUUCGUCAUUCAUCCGUUUUACGGCGGCGAUUUAUCGGUCAGUUUAAAUUAG